UUAUGAAGAAGUAUCUUGUUGCGUAACGGCCCGCCCCUAUCUUCAGCUUCAGUGAGAAAAUUGUUUUUCCGACCGGAGCAGAGAUGCUCGAUUCUACGCCCCUUCACUGCCGUUUCACCACGAUUCGGCCGUUGCUACAACACAGUUGCCAUUACAACUCUUCAAAUUCGACAAAAUUCCGGCCACCCCACCUCAAUUUGUCUCUUAUCCAGGGCUCCGGACCAAUGGGGUUUCCUGUUUUUGCCAUGAAGAGGUUGGGGAAAGGCGGCAUUGCCCUCACUCAGCCGAGUGAUUCCGACAUUGACUUUGAUGAAUUUUUCGAUGAGGAUGAGGAUAAUUUUCAGGACGAGGAUGAGGAUAAUUUUCAAGACGAGGAUGAGAUUCUUUUGCCGUUAAAGAACACGAGAGAGUGGCAUGCGGCGAGGCCUCGUGGAUUUGGAGAAGGGAAGGUGUAUGAUACUUCGAUUGAAGACAAAUUGCUACAAGAAAUGGAGCAGAUUAGGGAAGCUCAAGCUGCUAAUAUCAAUAAGCUCAAGAAUCAGUCUUCUUCUAAGCCCAAUUCUAGUAGAAAUGUCGUAGAGAUAGCAGCUCCAGAAAUUGUUAGUACUGGAGUUCGUGUACGCAUUAUCAACCUUCCUAAAAAAAAGAACAUUAACAGAGACCUGGUCGUGGCUUUUAAAGGGUUUCCUGGAAUAAUCAAUAUAACUCCUGCAGUCAUUGGAAACAAAAAGACUAGGGAUCCAAUCUGCAAGGGUUUUGCAUUUGUUGAUUGCAAAUCUGAAGGAGAUGCCUUAAGUUUUCUGCAAGCAUUUUCUGGACGGUAUCUUUCGUUUGGAAGGGUUCAGAAGCAAAUAAAAUGUGAAAUAAUGAAUCGACAAACUUCGAGUUCAGCUCGCAAAAGUUCAGUGGGCAGUACCAAUAAUUCUCGACUAAGUAUUCUUGAAGAGGAAGCAGAGCAGUUUGCUGACAUUGACGUGGAUUUAGCAAGUGAAGCCACGAGAACAAAAAUUGAGGAAAACGAAGACGAUUUGGCUUAUGUCAAUGAAUCACAUUCGCACGACGUGGAUGAUAAUGGUGUAGAGUCGAGAACAGAGUUCAAAAUUCAGUCACCAUCUGAAAAGGAAGUAAAUAAAAUUGAUGAACUAGAAGGAAUUCUUCUUCAAGGAAAAGAGGAAAUUCAUAGGGAAGUUUCACCAAUCAAAAGAAAAACAAAGGUUUCAAAGAAAAAGCAACCAAAGGAAAAAGGAGAGAAGAAAUUAUUAACAGAAAUUCCAGGAUCUGCCAAAAGGUUAAGGAUAAAGGAGAAGGCUGUCUUAACUGACGUGUACUCAAGAUAUGGAAAGAAAUCAGCUUUGCUUUCAGAAGAAGGGAGCUAAAUAGAGUGGAUGUUCCCUGAAAUUAAGAACGUAAGAACUUUAACCCAAAAAGCUCAUAUGAAAUGUGAUUUAAAUGCAUAAACUUCAUUUUCUUGGUGAUUAUACAUCAAAUUUGUUCAGUUAGAGGGGCCUUUUAUAGACUUGUGAUACUUGAUUUUUUGUCUCAUUUUAAAAUCAUCCCCUUUUUCACAUUUCUGGACCAUUGAUUGUAAUCUCCAAGGCAAUCCUAAUUCAUUUGUUCA